AGCACAGGGCCAAUGUGUGGUGCAAAUAAGGCCCAACAGAAGUUUUAACUUCCACCUGACCUAUUCAUUUACCAUAAUCCCCAAACUCAAACACAACUUCAAUACUCCUCCCUUCCCUAUAUCUUUGUAGAGAGAGGAUACAAAUCUAGAGAGAGAAAGAGACCAGACCAAACCAGAAAUGGAGGAUGAAAUCUACAACUUCAUCAAGGUAUGUUUCCUAGCCAACAUAUCUCUGUGUUAUUGUUUCUACAUAUCAUCCAGAAUCCCAAAGGGCAUCCUCAGGCUCAUCUCUCUCCUCCCCAUCCUCUACCUCUUCAUCCUCCUCCCCUUAAACCUCCAUUCCUUUCACCUUGGUGGGCCCACCACCUUCUUCCUCAUCUGGCUUGCCACCUUCAAGCUCCUCCUCUUCUCCCUUGAUCAUGGCCCUCUAUCUUCUCCAGCCCCACUAACCCUCUUCCAAUUUAUCUCCCUAGCUAUCCUCCCAAUCAAAAUCAAGCAAAACCCACCUCAAAAAUCACCGCCGAAUCAAAACCCAGAUCACAAAAUCCCCCCAAAUCCCACAAAAUCUGAGAACCCAAGUUACCCAAUUGGUAAAAAGUCAAUUCUGUUUGCUGUAAAAGCCUUGCUUUUGGCUUUGGUCGUUGGAUCAUAUGACUAUAGGCAACAUUUACACCCAUAUGUUAUAUUGGCUUUGUACUGCUGCCACCUGUACCUGGGGCUAGAAAUUUUGCUACCCCUGUUUGCGACCCCGGCUCGAGCCGUUUUUGGAUUUGAGCUCGAGCCGCAUUCCAACGAGCCUUACCUUUCCACUUCGCUUCAAGACUUUUGGGGCUGUAGAUGGAACCUCAUGGUCACAAACAUUUUACGACCCACUACGUACUACCCGGUCUAAUGCACGAGGUGAUUUAUUACUAUCUGGCACGUGUGCCUCCGACGUGGGAGGUGACAUGGUUCUUUGUGCUGCAUGGGGUGUGUGUGGCAAUCGAGGUGGAGGUCAAGAAGGCAGUGGCCGACAGGUGUCGGUUAA